GCUAAUAUAUUUUUGGUUCAAAUCCUCCCGCUCUUGAUAGUACCGUCGGUUAGGGAAGUAAUAUCGCUUGUGGUCAGCGGAAAAAAAAAUCCGGCAAAGGCCCAACACCAGCAACUGAAAAAAAAAGCCCAUUGACAGCCAUGCAGGCUUCAUUUUUUUCAUGCUAAAUCUGUUCAUUAAGAAAGGCCGGUUCUUGAGUUUCAGCUGAUCAAUUUGGAUGAUGCCCCAUUCAUCCGAAAUGGAUCAUCUUAACUUUCCGAAGCAUUCUAUCCCCCAGACGAAUUCAUCACAGAAAGCAUUCAAAAAAAUCCCGGCAACGAAGGAGGAGGCACACUCACUCACUCACUUGCAGUCUCACACACUGACAGAGUUGCCUCCAUUAAUGAACCAUGAAGCUAAGCUCCUCUGCACCUUUCCCUAUAAACCCUUCCCUCCAAUUUCCCUCCAUUCCUCCCACUCCCCCUUCUUCCAUUCAAAACGCGCUUUUCAACCCCAACCCAUCACCACCACCGCCGUCACCUCAACCACUACGAAUUGCCGCUGCGCCGUCAUCAAGUCAUCCGCAAGCUCCGAAAUCGACAUGGUGCAAAACAAGCAGGGCAUAUACAUGCCGAAGCAGAAGAAAGUCGUGAUCUUGUGGGACCUGGACAACAAACCCCCUCGCGGGCCGCCGUACCAGGCGGCGAUGGCGCUGAAACAGCUAGCCCAGCGCUUCGGCGAGGUCGUGGACGCGUCGGCCUACGCCAACCGCCACGCGUUCGUUCAUUUGCCGCAGUGGGUUAUCGAAGAGCGCCGCGAGCGGAAGCAACUGGAUAUUUUGGAGCGCAAUGGUGUGGUAACGCCGCCGGAGCCGUACAUCUGCGGCGUCUGCGGGCGGAAAUGCAAGUCGAAUUUGGAUUUGAAGAAGCAUUUCAAGUAACUGCACGAGAGGGAGAGGCAGAAGAAGCUGAAUCGGAUGAGGUCUCUGAAGGGGAAGAAACGGCAGCGUUUUAAGGAGCGGUUUGUUUCUGGUAAUCACAAGUACAAUGAGGCUGCGAGGUCUAUUAUCAAGCCGAAAGUUGGGUACGGGUUGGCAUGGGAGUUGCGGAGCGGGGUUUUUGUGAAGACGGUGGAGGAUAAGCCGCAGGCGGCGGAUUGGGCGUUGAAGAGGCAAAUGCAGCAUUCUAUGAGCCGAGGGAUUGAUUGGUUGUUCUUGGUUUCGGACGAUUCGGAUUUUUCCGAUAUGUUGAGGAAGGCUAGGGCGGCCAAGUUGGGGACUGUGGUAGUUGGAGACAUGGAUAGAGCUUUGGGAAGGCAUGCUGAUGUUUGGGUGCCGUGGAUUGGUGUCGAAAAUGGGGAGGUUUCGGAGAAGGAUUUAGUGCCCAGAAGGAGAAGUGAGUUCUUUGAUGGGGAGGAAGAUAAUGGUGAUGAGUUGUUUUCGGAUUUUGGUUUUGAUGGUGGGGUUGAAUUGGACAAUGUGAUGGAUGAACUUGUGAGAAGCUCUCAGUCUAGUGGACUGAGGAUUUCUGUGUUUUCGGAAGGGGAAUUGGAAGGAGGAGAGCGGGUGGAAGGCGAUUCGGAUAGUGAGGAAUAUCAGUUUGAUAGUGAGAAUGAGGAUUCAGACGAGGAAGAUGGGUUUUUUUGAUAUGGCAAAGCUUAGAUAGUUUUGGUGAUUGAACUAGUGGUUCGAUUGCUAAUCUGUAUUCGAAAUUGGAAGAAUUGAAUUGAGGGGGAAUUGAAUCGAGGAAGAACUGAGUUGAGGAGAAUCAGAAUCCUGAUUUACGUUGAACAAUGCAGCAUUGGGGUGUAUAGGAAUACAUAAAGUCGAGGAAGGGCGCAAUUUCACAAUGUAAAGUGUUCAGAUGGUUUCUUGGCUUAAGAAUUCACAGGAUUUGUAUGAUCAGAUAUUUGUUCUUCAUUGUACACAAUUUGAAGGUUCCAAAUUUCUUUCGUGUUAUUACACGUCCCUUGAAUUAGUUUGAAUUCGAUACGAUUGUUUGAUCUAAGUGUAAUUAGUAAUCAACCAACUAAAUUCCACCAGAAUAGUCUAUCAAUGCUGAGUAUGACAUUGCAUCU